GAUCUGCCAAAUGGAAGAUGUCAGAUGACAAUAAAGAAAACCACAAAAUAUUUUUUAACAAUAGCAGGCGAUCCAAGUCACCGUUCGCUGUUGAAUCUCUGUUGAUGCUGGAUAAUACGUUGUUGUGCAAUAUAGAGCCUGACAAUGGAUUGCACAUCUCUUCAGAAACGUCCAAGCACCUCCAAGAGUUCAAUGGGUCGGUUGCACAAACUAUCAAAGAGCACGCGGACGAUGCAACAGCUAGCUCCAAAAUAUUAUCUGAAACCAGCGGGUCUUCCUACAUGAACGAAUGGCAGGACAAAACUUUGAUGAAUCAAAUAUUUGCUCAAUUCGAUUCGCAAACAGAGGAAGAGAUUGCUCCAGAGAGCAAUAACAUCAGCAAUUUUGAUAUGUUUGAUACAUCUUACAAAGAGAAUACAAACACAGAAUUAGGCAAUGCAGCUCAAAAUGUUGAGAAAGCGUUCUUAAGUCAGAAAAAUAAAAGUAUUUCACACAAGGAUGAUUUAAUGAGUGCUCCGUGUUUGCAUAUUACAAAUUUUGGUGACUAUACGCUGGAAGAGAGUCAUUUCAAAAAGAUUGAUAGUGAUGGUUCACCAAUUUUGAAAACCAAAUCUAGAACGUUGAUUGAGUGUAAAACCUUAAAAAAACGAUUGUGUUUAAAUGACGAUAUAUCAAUAUCAAAGAAAUUGGAAAAGGAAACAGAGUCCACAAAUUCUUCUUCAUUUUAUGGUUUAUCGGACACUGUGAAAAAAUUGAUACAAGAAGUUAAAGGAAUUUGUGAAUUAUAUCAAUGGCAAGACGAAUGCUUAAAAAUAGCUGUUAGAACCAAGAAGAAUUUAAUUUACGCUUUGCCAACGAGUGGUGGUAAAACUUUGGUGGCAGAGAUAUUAAUGUUGAGAGAAAUUAUUUGUAAUAAAAAAAAUGCUAUUUUUAUACUUCCAUACGUGGCUUUGGUACAGGAAAAGGUUCAAUCAAUGGCUGUGUUAGCAUUAAAAUUAGGUUUUUUAAUCGAGGAAUAUGCUGGUACAAAAGGGCGUUAUCCACCAGUGAAACGGCGGAGGAAAAACAGCAUUUACAUAUGUACCAUAGAGAAAGCACUAGGACUUGUAAAUAGUUUAAUAGAAACGAAACGUUUAUCCGAAAUUGGUAUUAUUGUUGUUGAUGAAUUACAUUUGCUUGGAGAGUCUGGAGGAAGAGGAGCUACAUUAGAAGGGCUUCUUACAAAGAUAAUGUUCUUCAGUGAUAUAAUACGUGUGAUUGGGAUGAGCGCGACGAUAGGUAAUUUAAUGGAAAUUGCACAGUUUCUUAACGCAGAUACGUAUUCUCAAAACUUUCGACCAGUUAAAAUAACAGAAUAUGUGAAAUGUGGAAAUGAUAUGUGGGUAGUUGAUUUUAAUAGUGAGGAAUUAUUAGUAGACAUGAGCACCAAUGAUUACAAGUACACAGAUGAUAUAGCAAUUUUGGAUCCAGAUAGAAUUGGCGGUUUAAUAAUGGAAGUGAUACCAAACGAUUCAUGCCUUAUAUUCUGCUCAAGUCGUAAAAAUUGUGAAAAUGUGGCUUUAUUAUUAACCAAAAUCUUGCCUAAGACUUUAUAUGAUUACAAAGUAAACGAAAAAAAAACUUUGUUAAACGCGCUUAAGACUGAGGAAGGAUUAUGCCCCAUUUUGCAAAAAACUAUCAAAUUUGGCAUAGUCUAUCAUCAUUCCGGUCUUACAUCUGAAGAACGGCGUUUGUUAGAGGAUGCCUUUAGAGAAGGUACUCUAUGUGUAAUAUGUUGCACGUCGACUUUAGCAGCUGGUGUCAAUUUACCAGCAAGAAGGGUAAUACUACGUAGUCCUUAUAUUGGAAAUCAAUUCUUGAAUUUAAGUAGAUACAAACAAAUGAUUGGCCGGGCUGGUCGUGCUGGUAUGGGAGUUUUAGGAGAAAGUAUACUUAUUUGUAAACAGUCCGAGAUCGGUAAAGUGAAAGAUCUGCUAGUAUCUCAGAUGGACGACUCACUAAGUAGUUUAUACGUAGAAAAUGACAGAGGACUCAACAAUCUGAUUUUAAGUGCAAUACAAUUAAACAUGGCAUCGACUAGAUCUGAAUUGCAUAAAUUGACAACCGCAACUUUACUUAGUAUUCAACAAAAUAGAAUAGGUAUUAAUCUGAAGGCAAUUACAGACGAAACGAUAACAGCGUUAUUAAAAUGUGGCGUAAUAAAAGUAAAGAGCAAAGACAAUAAUAGUCAUAAUUGUAACGUGACUGUUGUCAUUCCAUCUCAAGAAUCAACGUGUGUGGAGAAUUUGCCAGUUAAAAAGGAAGUAAAAACGAUUAUAUUUACAAAUAAAACUGAAUUUCAGCUUUGUGAUUUGGGACAAGCUGCAUUGAAAGGACCGAUUGAUUUAAAAACCGCAUAUGCAUUGUAUGAAGAUUUAAAAACAGCUCAGAAGCAUUUAAUCUUAAUUGAUAAUCUUCAUCUUCUUUAUCUUGUCACACCUUAUGACAGUAUAUCUCAAAUAACUCCCGUUGGCAGUAUCUACUAUGAUGUGAUAAUGGAGUUAACUGAAAGUCAAAUGCAAGUCGCUAGACUUCUUGGAAUAACAGAAGCUGCAGCAAAUAAAUUACGUGAUGGUAUAAUACCUAAGUCUGUCGAGAAGAGGGUAGUUGAUAGAUUUUAUGUGACGUUAAUAGUACAUGAAUUGUGGAACCAUCAUACAGUUUAUUCUGUUGCCGAAAAAUAUCAAAUUAAUAGAGGUAUUGUACAAAGUCUUUUAAAUGCGGUCUCAAUGUUUGCGUUUUCCGUAGUCAGAUUUUGUCAGGAAUUACCCGAGUUUUGGGCUUUUACUGAGAUAUUAAAUAUGUUCAGUAAAAAGCUAUCUUACUGUUGUCCAGCAGAACUAGAAAAGUUGAUAGAACUGCCAUCAGUAAAAAUAGGUAGAGCUCGUCAAUUGUACAAAGCUGGCUAUAAGACUUUACAAUCUAUAGCGAAAGCCAAUCCCAGAGAACUAAAGCAACAUAUUCCUUAUUUAAGUAAUAAACUAGUCGCGCAAAUUAUAGAUGCAGCAAAACUUUUAAUAUUGCGAAGAGCAGAGGAUUUAAAAGAUGAGUGGGAAGACAUAUUGGACGGUAUAAAUAUAAGUCAAGUAGAAUAUUGAAAUAUUCAUAAAAUUGAUUUAAUUUCAUACAGACUUGAUGGAAAUAUAAAUACGAAUAAACAAAUCACAUUUUCUUUAGAGAAUAAAUGAUUUAAAAUUGGAAUUAUGUAUAUAUAUGUAUACGAACAAUAUAUUGUACAAUGCGUUUA